GCAACAACAGGUGGAUUUGGCACAGCAGCCUCAGCAACAACAGGUGGAUUUGGCACAGCAGCACCAGCAACAACAGGUGGAUUUGGCACCUUGGGGGGAUUUGGCUCUACGGCGGUGUCUAGUGCUGGUGCCGUGUCGGAUGGACUGUCGGGGGUUCCCGACUUUGGCCGUCAGAGCGCGCUGGCCCGCUACCUGCUGGAGAUGGACACCGCCUACAACGCCCUCCACCCCGACUGCCGCUUCCGCGCCUUUCUCUACAACGUCUGCACGCCCGGGCAGUCGACGCUGGCGGUGGCGCGCGAGCGGGCGGUGGCGGCCAACGCCGGCGGCGGCUGUCGGGAGGAGGCGCUCCUCCGCGCCCAGGCGGCGAACCCCGACCCCCGCCGCAUGUACCCAACCGCCGUGCACUUUUUGCAGGAACUGCGGGACCGCGCCGGCAGGCAACGGGAGGUAUUGAACGCCAUGGCAGCACACGCAAACGCACUGGCCGCAAAGGCACAACAGUUUCGAGAACUGGAUGAGGCAAACGCCGCACAAGCACGCGAGCUGCAACUCGCACAAGUUAUGCUGCAGAGACGCUGGUACGCCCUGCUACAGAUGACAGAAACCCUACGCCAAAUAGGCGUCCCACCAGGUGACGAGGCACGUGAAGCCCGCACCGCCGCCGCACUUAACGCUCAAUUAACCGCACCAGGUAUCUUUAAGACAGCAUUAGCAGAGCUGCAACCAUUCUUAGAUGCAGAAUCUGCUGCCGUCGCAUCGAUCUUGCGCAGCCGUCCGGGAGAUGAUAGUGGUGAGAUGAGCGCCAUUGAUGCCCCUACGGUGACAGGGAGGUCUAGAGCUACUACAAGGACCACUACUGCUGCUGGUGGUGGUGGUGCUGCUGCUUUGAGAACAUCAGUUAAACUGGCAGCGUCAGCAGUUGGUGGUGGUGGUGUUGGGGGAGGUGGUAGUGUUGGUUUGCUGCAGCAACGCACAGACCCACAAUUGUUAAAAACGUGGACGCAUUUCUUGGAACGUAUUCAACAAGGAGUGGAAGCACUUAGUGAAUUGCUAGAAAAUGACACUGCGGAUAUGCGUGCUAUUCGUCACCGUGUAAGUUCAUCUUGA